GUGGGGGGAGGGGGGUCGGUGUCUCGCGGUCGGUUCCGGGCGGUUGGGGGGAGUGAAGCGGGGGGAACUCAGAGCGGGGGAGAGAGAGACCCAGCCCGAGCCCGCGCCAGCCCGCCCGUCGCCACCGCCGCCGCUUCUUCUCUGUAUGUCGCUCUCCCCGGCCGCCGCUGUCGCCGCCGCCGUCGUCUCCAGCACCAGCAGGAGCCGCCGCCGCCGCCGCGGUUGAUGUGGUUUGGGCCGGGGCUGUGGAGUGUGAGAAGAUGCCGCAGUCCAAGUCCCGGAAGAUCGCUAUCCUGGGCUACCGGUCCGUGGGGAAAUCCUCAUUGACAAUUCAGUUUGUUGAAGGCCAAUUUGUUGAUUCUUAUGAUCCAACCAUAGAAAACACAUUUACAAAACUGAUCACAGUAAAUGGACAAGAAUAUCAUCUUCAGCUGGUAGACACAGCUGGUCAAGAUGAGUACUCCAUUUUUCCUCAGACGUACUCCAUAGACAUUAAUGGUUAUAUUCUUGUGUACUCAGUUACAUCAAUCAAAAGUUUUGAAGUGAUUAAAGUUAUCCAUGGCAAAUUAUUGGAUAUGGUGGGGAAAGUCCAAAUACCUAUUAUGUUGGUGGGGAAUAAGAAAGAUCUACAUAUGGAACGAGUGAUCAGUUAUGAAGAAGGGAAAGCUUUAGCAGAAUCUUGGAAUGCAGCUUUUUUGGAAUCAUCUGCUAAAGAAAAUCAGACUGCUGUUGAUGUUUUUAGGAGGAUAAUUUUGGAGGCCGAAAAAAUUGAUGGGGCAGCUUCACAAGGAAAGUCUUCAUGCUCAGUAAUGUAAAUCCCACUUGUAAAACCUGAGGACACUGGGAAUAUAGUCUACCUGAAGAAGCAAACUGCCCAUUAUCCUUUAAGAUAAACGAUGCUUCUUUUUUUUUCUUCUGUUAACCUUGGGUCAGAGCUUUUUUUUUUCCCUUCCCUUCAGAUUAUGUUCAACUCUGACUUAUGUCCAAAUGGCUUCACUUCCAUUUUCAAAUUUUAAGCAAUCAUAUUUUCAAUUUAUAUAUUGUAUUUCUUAAUAUUAUGACCAAGAAUUUUACUGGCAUUAAUUUUUCAGUGUAGUUUGUUGGUUAAAAUAAUGUAAUCAUCAAAAUGAUACAUAUUGUUACACUACUCUUAACUAGGCUUGGAUAUCAGUGUUUCUUUCAUUGUGUUAAAUGUAUACUUGUAAAUAAAAUAGCUGCAAACCUUA